CUAAAUGUGAUUUAGCAGCUGGAAGUAGGAGAACCAGCAUGCAUUGACUAGCCGGUUCUUUGCAGGCCACCGACCGGCGACUGCCACAUGGGACCCUGGAAGUCCUCUGGCCGCGCUUUGGGAACUCCAGCACCAAGCAGCUGAUCCUUUUUGAGGCUAGGCAGGUCUCAGACUACUGCAGAGUUUCCCGUGUUACUUUGGGUUCGAAGACAACUGUUCCCCUUUGAAAGCUGGGUGUAAUAAAUGUGCUGAGUUUAUGAAAGGAGACCAUGACAACCGAUGAAGCUACAAAGAGUGAAGGAGAUGCCCAAACGGCAGCUCUUGUUGAACAAGGGGAGGAUAUCACACCCAAUCAAGAUCGAGGCGUUCUCAAGAUUGUGAAGAGAAAGGGAAACGAGGAUGCGUCCCCUAUGAUUGGAGACAAAGUGUAUGUCCACUACAAAGGAAAGCUGGCAAAUGGGAAAAAAUUUGACUCCAGCCGGGAUAGGAAUGAGCCGUUUAUCUUCAGUCUGGGGAAAGGCCAGGUAAUCAAGGCAUGGGAUGUCGGUGUUGCCACCAUGAAGAAAGGAGAGAUCUGCCACUUACUGUGUAAACCAGAGUAUGCAUAUGGCUCAGCUGGUAGCACCCCGAAAAUCCCCUCCAAUGCAACUCUCUUUUUUGAGAUUGAGCUACUCGAUUUCAAAGGGGAAGACUUAUUUGAGGAUGGAGGGAUCAUUCGGAGAAUCAAAAAGAAAGGGGAAGGAUACUCUAAUCCAAAUGAAGGAGCCACUGUAGAAAUCCAUCUGGAAGGAUUUUACGGUGACAGAAAGUUUGACUCCAGAGAUGUAAAGUUUGUUGUCGGAGAAGGGGAAGACCAUGACAUUCCAAUUGGGAUUGAUAAAGCUCUAGAGAAAAUGCAGCGGGGAGAGCACUGUAUCUUGUACCUUGGACCACGGUAUGGUUUUGGUGAGGCAGGGAAGCCUAAGUUUGGCAUCGAGGCAAAUGCUGAGCUUGCGUAUGAAGUUACACUUAAAAGGUUCGAAAAGGCCAAAGAGUCCUGGGAGAUGGACACCAAAGAGAAACUCGAGCAAGCUGCCAUUGUCAAAGAGAAAGGGACAGUGUAUUUCAAGGAUGGCAAGUACAUGCAGGCGGUGAUUCAGUAUGGGAAGAUCGUGUCCUGGUUAGAAAUGGAGUAUGGCUUAUCAGAAAGGGAGUCUAAAGCUUCUGAAUCCUUCUUGCUGGCAGCCUUCCUCAACCUGGCCAUGUGCUAUCUGAAGCUGCGGGAGUAUACCAAAGCUGUUGAGUGCUGUGAUAAGGCAUUAGGACUGGAUCAGGACAACGAGAAGGGUUUGUACAGGAGAGGUGAAGCCAGACUACUAAUGAACGAAUUUGAACUGGCAAAAUGCGACUUUCAAAGAGUACUGGAAGUGAACCCGCAAAACAAGGCUGCCAAGUCGCAGAUCACGGUCUGUCAAAAGAAGACAAAGGAACACAAUGAGCGUGACCGAAGAAUAUAUGCCAACAUGUUCAAGAAGUUUGCAGAGAGAGAUGCAAAGGAGGAAGCUAGCAGAAAUCCAGGAGAGAAAGACGUGGAGAAAGCAACUUCUGAAAAGAGGCUAAAAACUCCAGUGACUGAAGGCAAAGAGGCUGAAGGGCAUGUAUGAUGGGAAAAGAAGGUGGGAAGGAGACCCUCCUGAACUCAGCCUGCACCGAAACAGGUUUCUGCAGAACUCAGGACUCGCCAAUGUUUUAUUGUAAAGCUUGUUACAGUUUGUGUGAUCGUGGAAGCAAAAUGCCUCGCAAAGUCCAACAAAACCAGCCCUGCUGCUGUGAGCAUGCUCAGCAGUGGAGCACAAGAAGAGGGACAGUGUGGGACCACUCUGAGUGGAACAAAUAGCUUUUAAAAAGGAAAAAAAAAAUCAGACUCUUGGCUCUAGGAAAGUUUCCUGAGAUGGCUCGAUCCAGCUCAUUUCAGUUCACAUCAACUUGCCACACGAUGUCCAGGGUCCUCUUAAAUGAGUUAGAAUGUAGGAGCUGUCGGUUGUACAAUUCAGUAUUGCAUUUGGUUGUACUGUAGUAGGACCACGCAGGCCUAGUUUAAAAAAAAAAAUUUGACUAAAGUGCUACCGGCUCAAGGUAUAGCACUGUACUAGAACAAAGUGCAAAGCAGUGUGCCAUGGUUUCAGUGAACAGCAGUGUUAUGGACUCUAAAGCCAGAAGCAGAGAGGUGAUUUCUCACAUAACUUCUUCCUUCUCUUUCACUCCAGUGCAAACUUUAAAUGGUUUUCUGUAGCACAGCCUAGCUUCUCUGGGAGCUGAACAGUCUAGAUCGUGUAAUAAGUGAAUGCUUACUGGUAAUGUUCUGCAAGACUGGGCUUUUUUUGGGUUGGUUUUACCUCUUGAAGGCUUCUUGGAUCUGCUUCCAGAGGUGUUUAUAAUGUUAAGAUGGUUGUUGGAAUUAAAAAGUACUGCAUUUCA